AUGGCCAGCCACCGAGUCGGAUUCUGUUUGAGUGUCAAGAAAAGGCGGCGAAUGAACCUGACCGCUUUCGCCGACCUCUGUGCUAACCGAGGCAUUGACGUGGUCGAGAUAGAUCUGAGCCAACCCAUUGAAUCACAGGGUCAUUUUGACAUCAUAGUGCACAAGCUUUCUGAUGUCAUUGUGGAGGCAGAACAUGACAGCCAAUCACAGCAGCUGCUGGACAAUUUCCAGGGCUAUGUGUCGUCCCAUCCUCAGACCGUGGUUCUGGACCCCCUGCCGGCGAUGAGGCAGUUACUGGACCGAUUCGCUUCAUAUCGGAUUAUGAGCAAGAUCCAAGAGUCACUGGGCAGGAGUAUCUGUAGUCCUCCGUACGUGGAGAUAAACACCAAUGAUCUGUCCAUCAUUCUAGAGGCGGUGGAGAAGAAGCGGCUCACUUUUCCUCUCAUUUGUAAGACCAGAGUGGCUCACGGCUGUCGUUCCCAUGAGAUGUCUCUUAUCUUCGGUGCGGCUGGCCUGGCAGACGUAUGUCCUCCGUGUGUCUUGCAGAGCUUUGUGAAUCACGGGGCUGUUCUUCAUAAAGUCUUUGUGGUUGGAGAUGAUCAUUUUACGGUGGAGAGACCCUCCCUGAAGAACUUUCCCCCUGGACCCUGUGACAGAAGAACAAUCUUCUUCAACAGUCACGAAGUGUCAAAACCUGAAUCCUGCUCUCACCUGACCGCUCUGGACGACUCUCUGCCUCAGGUCCCGUUGCCUAGUGACGAUGUAAUGGUUGCCUUGGUGAGGGAGCUGAGGGCGGAGCUUGGGAUGGCUUUGUUUGGAGUGGAUGUCAUAGUCAACAUACAAACACACACUCUGACAAUCAUCGACAUUAAUAUAUUUCCAGGUUAUGAAGGCGUGACACAGUUCUUUGGUUCUCUGCUCAGACACAUUCAGUCUGUGCUGGAGAGUCGAGAGCGGCCUCACUCUGACUCAGCCUCACUCAGCAGCGGGGAACCCUGUCCUCACACUUAA